CGAACGUCUAGUCCUACACUCUCUUUCACGUGGCAAAAAUGUCGCAUAUGUUUGCGCUUGUUCCCGCGAAGUAGAUGCAGAUCACGAGUGCAUACUCCACAUAGGGAAAUGGAUGGAUGAAGACGAAGCGGCCGCCCUCGACGCUGAGCCUAGUUCUGAGCCACCCAUGGAGAUUGACAACUCAGAGAUGGAACUUUCCGAAGUAACGAGCCUGCAGCAGACUUCUUUUGAAGUGGCACCAGACGUAGAUAUGGACGGAAGCGGGGUCUCAAUUACAUUCCGGUCUGAUGAUAAUGAAGAGCAUGCCGAUGGGUUCUACGACCUCGAGGAAUUCGAACUUGGGCGGAUAAACAGUGGUCGUCCACGCAGUAGUCAAUUUAGAUGUGCAGAAGCGCCUUUCUGAUUAACGUGCUACACAUCUGUUCGCUAUCUUUCACUCUUCAUUGCUACUCCGCGGACUUGAACUUCUUCGAAAGAGCCUAAUUCUUCCCCUGACUUAGCCUCAUUUUUUCAUCUAUUUCUGUGCUUCAAGGCUUAACAUAUACAACGCUGUUU